GCGGGCGGCUGUCAGAUUAAAAAUGACCACGGAAAGGCACUUGACUGCUGGGAUGAGAUGAGAGCACGACAGAGUUACUGCCAUGGAAACCGGUGACUCCCCUUUGCUGCGGAGGCAGGAAAGCAGGCAGGACGUGGGCCGUGAGACGCCGCGCCCUUUGGACAGCCCACCUGAGAGGCCCGCAGGGGCUGCCGGCGAGGGUGACCCCGCCGGCGUGGACAGCGGGCCGAGGACGAGGAGCGCGCCGCCUGAUGGGGGAGCCCCGGCCGACGGGGUCCCGUGCAGGGAAUGCGCCGCGUCUUUCUCAAGCCUGCAGGCGUACAUGGAGCACCGCUGCCCGAACGCCCGCCGACCCUCUCUGCAGCAGAGCCGCGAGAGUGAGGAGGGCGACCCUCAGGCCAGCGACCUGGAGGACAGCGACGUAGAGACCCUGGCCGGGGAGAUCGUUUACCAGCCUAAUGGGGCGGCUUUUAUUUUCAAAGAUUCUGGAGAGAGUGCAUGUAACGCCCAUCCAGGAGUGUGCAGCAUCCUACCCCCAGCAGGGUUCCUGACAUUGCAAAGUGCCGCCACACCUGUUUCUCUCUUUCCCCAACUCAUCAGGACCUUCCACAUUGCCUCGUCCCUUGGGGAGCGGGUCACGGCUGAUGAAGCCUUCCCGGAUGCCUCAGCAUCAGCAGGUGUUGGUCCAGUGUUGCACAGUUUCCGCGUCUAUGACCUUCGGCACAAGGGCGAUAAAGAUUCCUCUUUCGAUGGCACCUCGCAAAACGCAUCCAAAGAUGUCCCUAAAGCCGUGGACUUGUCCGUGUUCGAUGGAUGUGUGAGGGACGGGAAAAGGAAGCCGGUCCUCAUGUGCUUCCUGUGCAAGCUGUCGUUCGGCUACGUGCGGUCAUUCGUGAACCACGCCGUGCAAGACCACCGGAUGGCCCUCAACCAGGAGGAGCAGAAGCUCCUUGCUAAUAAGUAUGUCUCCGCUAUCAUACAGGGGGUUGGCCAGGACAAAGAACCCCUUGUAAGCUUUCUGGAACCAAAAAAACCGCUCUCCCUCUUGCCUCUUUUUUCUGCUGCACACCCUGCAGGUCCUGACCCGGGCUUGCGGAGUGCAUGGAGUGCCCAGCUUGCUGAGAAUGGGGCACCUCUGCAGGCUGGGUUUGCCUUCUUAAAGGGAAGCGUGAGCUCGGAUGACACAGCAGAGGAGGCGCAGAGGACAUCCAAGAUGCCAAAGACGGAAGCAAACUCUGGGGGCCUGUUGGCCUCGGAUGACACUCUUCCCCCUGACCGCUCAUCUCAGACAGUGGGCGAUGAGCAGGAGGAGAGCAAUAACCCAAGGAGACUGGACAGCAGCAGGCCACGCUCUGAUGGGGAGAGCACCAUCAAAUGCGAGCCUGAGGAACGGGACGUUGCUGAGAAAGAUGAAGGAGCUCGCCCCAACGGACUUGAGGACGGUGAGGGUGAUGACAUAGGCGGAGGAGUGGACUGUGCCACUCGCAAAGACUUCCCUCUCUUAAACCAAAGCACUUCUCCUUUGUCGUCCCCAGUCCAGAAAUGUGACGUAAAGGGCACCUCUUCUUUCUCUGUGAUUGUUUCCGAUGAUGGAGUAAUGAAUAGAUUAGCCACCACCCCAGUGGAUAUUGGUGGUGAUGCUGAUUCCCGUGAUGGAGGUGAGGACGAUUGCACAAAGAGCGAGGGCGAUGGUGCGCUCUCAGCCCAGGGAAACUCAAGCACAGCUGAUGAUGUAAGCCUGGUCCUUCCUCACCAGGAUGUCGCCGUACCUGGAUCCCCCGGUACAGGGCGGGGCUCUCCUGGGAGCUCUAAAUGCCCCAGAUGUGACACUUACCUAAGGUCAUCACACUCUCCGGAGGGUCAAGUGACCACCAUUGAGUCCAGGGACCCCUGCAAGACCAUGAAGUGUCCCAAGUGCAACUGGCACUACAAAUUUCGGCAGACCCCGGACACCCACCCGAAGGAGAAUCCCCCCAGCUUGGGUGGUUCCUGCCCCUACUGCGAGAUGGGCCAUCCCCACCCGAGGCUCGCCCGGGGUGAGAGCUACGCCUGCGGCUACAAGCCGUUCCGCUGCGAGGUGUGCAACUACUCCACCACGACUAAAGGCAACCUCAGCAUCCACAUGCAGUCCGACAAGCACCUGACCAACGUCCAGACGCUUCAGAAUGGCGGCACGGAACCAGAAUAUGACCGCUCGAGUCACUCCGCGCCGGUCCCCAGCCCCCGCCCGAGCGAUGCCGAGGGGAAGGCAAACUCCCCGACCAAACCCAAAGCACGGUCGAGCUGGCGCUGCGAGGCGUGCGGCUACGAGACCGACGUGGCCAGAAACCUACGCAUCCACAUGACCAGCGAGAAGCACAUCCACAACGUCCUGCUGCUGCAGCAGAGCCUGAAGCAGAUUGGUGGAGGGCUGCGGCUGGGCCUGUCGCCGACGGACGCCCAGCUCUACCACAGCUACCUGGCGCAAAACAUCGCCCCGAUGGGCCUGAAACCGGGGAAUCUGGCUGACCCGCGUCUGCUGAUCAGUACCUUCCAGAAUGAUCCCCUCACAACAACAGUAAAUGAUGACUUGCUGCCGAUGGGCGACACCCUGUCCCUCCUCUCUGCCGAAGAGCUGUCGCCAAAUGUUAGUGACCCCCCACAGGGGCUGUACCAUUGUGGCGUGUGUGACCGGUUUGCUUCGGACAGCCUGGAUGCUCUGACCACACAUGUAAGCAAGGAGCGCACACUCCCCCUAGAGGACUGGAGGACCAUUGCUGGAGACCUUCACCAGUGCAGACUGUGCAGCUACAGCACGCAGCUCAGGGCCCACUUCCUGCUCCACUGCCAGACGGAAUGUCACCUGCAGCGGUACCAGCUGGCAGCCCACCUCAAGGAAAGGGGCGAUCCCGCCUGCUGGAGGUUAAAGAUCAUUGCAGCCAGCAAACCCGCCCACCUGAAGUGCAACGCUUGCAAUUACCGCUCUGACAGUGUUGAGAAGCUCCGUCUACACGCCGCUAGCCAGAGACACGAAAGAGCGGUGAGGCUCUGUAAGCAUCUGCAGAAACAGGAGAGCGCCCUGAACGCAGAGUCCUGCUACUUCUACUGCGCCCUGUGUGACUACUCUGCCGAAACCAAGCUCCACCUGGCACAGCACCUGCGCUCCGUCAGGCACCAGCAGGCCGAGGGCUUGCGGAAGCUGCAGCUGCGGCGGCAGGGGGUGGGGUUGGAGGCAGACGACCCGGGCGACCUUUUCUUCGUCAGAGACUGUCCGCCCAAGGAACCUGCGGAACUGGAUGAGGUGUCCAAAGGCCCUGCCAAAACUGCCACCGAUGACCGGGCCCGGGCUGAGGAAGACAGCAAGCACCGCAGGGGUACCAAAACGGAGCCUGAAACGAACGCCCUGGGUAUGAAUCCCGGAGGGAACGCUGCCACAGAAAAGCGAGCGCUGCUGCCAGAAAACGCAAAUGACGUGGCACCCAAACGAGCGAAACCAGCGGAGGAGGCAGCCAGCAAUGAGCAGGUCCGCCAUUGCCCGUACUGUAGUUACAGAACGGAGGACCCGAGGCGCAUAGAGAUGCAUGUCAUAUCCCAGCAUUCCUUGCGGCCGACUCUCCGCUGCCCCCUGUGCCAGGAUGUUCUCAGCAGCAGGAUCCAUCUCCAGCUCCACCUGACCCACCUGCACAGCGUGGCUGCAGAAUGCGUGGAGAAGCUGCUGUCAGCUGUGUCAGGGACUGAUGGUCUGAUACCCACAGACAGCGUCCCGCCUGCACCUGUAAAAGAGAAAAUCCAGCAUCCAAUGGAUGCUUCAACUGUUACUCAAGAAGAAUCUGGAAAGCCCCAAAGUAACAGUUCCAAUGAUGACAAGAGCAGCACAGUAGAAGACAAAGGAGAAGAGAGACUUCAGAAUGUUCUGGAAGUCAAGGCACCAAAGGGAGCUUCAAAAACACUAAGGUGUAAGAGGAACAGUGACCAGGAAGACCCUGACAGUCUGGGGGAGCAUUGGAGCGGACUCCAGAAACAGAGCUCAGUCUCUGAUCGCCAUAGCUGCAAAGACAACGGUGACCCCCGCAGUAUGGCUUUGCAGACAGCUCAGGAGCCUCAGGCGCGUUCCCAGUGCCAUUCCGUCAUCGCCACCUCCGUGUGUCCCCUGUGCCUUCAGGGCUUCCACUCGGAUCUUGGCCUCAGGAAGCACCUGCAGGGCAGCCACCCGGAACUGAGCGAAGCAGAGCUGGAGCGUCUCUGUGGGAGCCCACCCCUUCUUGACGACUUCUGUCCUGGGAAAGAGGGCGGAGAGUCCAAGCUCAAGCCGGACAAAGACUCGGAACGGGAAGGAAAGGGUACUGCAGCAGGAAAUGACAGCGGCCCUCCGCUGGAUAGGAUUGGCAUAGACUGUAAGAGGAAUGGGCCUCUUUGGAAGAGUCCAAAUUUCAGCAUAGAGAAAUUUUUGGAUCCCUCCCGUCCUUACAAAUGCACGGUAUGCAAGGAGUCCUUCACCCAGAAGAACAUUCUCUUGGUUCACUACAAUUCAGUCUCACACUUACACAAGCUGAAAAAAGUUCUGCACGAGACCUCAGCACCAGUUUUUCAGGAGGCCAACAACAGCAUGCAUAACAAACCGUACAAAUGCAAUAUCUGUAAUGUUGCUUAUAGCCAGAACUCAACCCUAGAGAUCCACAUGAGGUCAGUGCUUCACCAGACAAAAGCCAGAACUGCUAAAGUGGACACAAGCAGUAAAGCUUUGAAUGAAAACUGUGGAACGGCUCUCCCUCAAAGCCCAGUUACUGUCAGUCAAGCAACUGUAGACUCCGUAAACUUGUCAGCAGCAGCCAACAAAGAUGACCAGAAUGAUGCCAAAGAAGUGAAAAGAAAGACGCCAGCUGAUGAGAGUUUUGGUCAGCCUGCUCAGCAGCCUGCCUUGUACCCAGCACAGCUUCCGCUGCAGCUUCAGCAUGACCUACAGCAGCAGGCUGCCUUCUUUCAGCCCCAGUUUCUGAACCCUGCAUUCUGGCCACCCGUCCUAAUGUCCCCCAAGAUCCUGCAGUUCCAACAGCCUCAGCUCCUGUUUCCAUUCUAUGUACCCGGUACUAAUGUUAACUUUGCCCCAGAGCUGGUGUCACACUCUGCAGCUUUUGGGCUUCCUGGGAUGACCGGGUCCUUACUUGAGGACCUCAGGGUCCAGCAGAACCAGCUUCAGCUGUUGCAGCAACAGGCUCAGGAGAAGCCAGCCUCCCACAUGGAGGUGAAGCUGCAGAAUGAGCAGCAGCAAGCCAGUAAGCCUGAGGUGGAGCAGACUGACACGGUGGCCUCUGACAUCCAAAUGUCUGCGGAGACUGAAGGCCAGCUGGAGAAGCAGGACAGCAAAGCUGUUCAGGAUCACCCGAGUGACAGUGGCAGCACUAUGGACAGCAGUGAUCCCAAAAAACCGAAGCCUCCGGAAUCUCCCUUUCUCCCUCCUCGUGUUGUCCCAGGGGCAAGGGGGAACGCAGCCAGGGCCCUGCUGGAAAACUUUGGCUUUGAACUGGUGAUGCAGUAUAAUGAGAACAGACAGAGCAACCAGAAAAAGAGCAGAGUCAGAGAUGAAGCAACCAUAGCUGAUAAGCUUGAGUGUGGAGUAUGUGGGAAGCUGUUCUCCAACAUCCUUAUCCUGAAGAACCACCAGGAGCAUGUGCAUGGACAGCUCUUUCCCAACGGAGAACUGGAGAAAUUUGCCCAGCAAUACAGAGAGGCUUACGACAAACUGUAUCCAAUAAAUCCACAGUCUCCAGAAACUCCUCUAUCGCCUCCACCCACACCGCCUCCACCCUCUCCCCCUCCCCCUCCUCCUCCCCUGCCCCAGACUCCAUCACAACUGGCCUCCACCCCAAGAAAAGCCCAAAAUACUGCACCAUUGCAGUCUCCACAGCCACCUCCAACUCCACCGACUCCCCCUCCCCCUCCUCUCCCAACGGUACCUCCACAACUCCCACAACCUGCAUCCCUAGACCUGCCUCUUUUCCUGUCACUGAUGGUGCAGCAUCCUGGCCUGCCCCCACAUCUCAUCCCAAAACUUCCCUCUGUGGGCUCAUUGCCCACAGAUCUUGCACAACUGGGUCAUCAGCAGUUAGGUAUGGACGCUGACUUACCCCAGCAGUCAGAGUCGAAGCAGCCCUCCACUCUGAUCACUGAGGAUCAGCUGAAAAUCCUCCAGGCCUGCUUUGAUAGCAACAGCCCCCCCGAUGACGAGCAAGUCAAAGGCAUUGUGGAGGAAUUGGGCCUUCACCAAAAGGUUAUCAAGCAGGGGUUGCCCAAUACGCUUUCCAAGGAGAAGCAACAGAGCAAGGAGUCGUCCUGCAACUUGAGCAUUCCACCCAUCACCACUUUGGGAGAGCUGGGAGUACAAUUCCAAGUUGGUGGCAUGGAGUAUCCCAAAAGCUAUCCCGCCAUGAAUAAGAGGCCCUCAAAAACCCGCUUUGAAGACUAUCAGAUAAGAGUCCUUCAGGACUUUUUUGAUAUCAAUGCUUACCCUAAAGAUGAUGAAGUAGAGCAGCUUUCUUCUGCUCUUAAUCUUCCAAGUCGCGCGAUUGUCAUCUGGUUCCAAAAUGCUCGUCAGAGGGCUCGCAAGAGGUACGAGAACCAUGCAGAUUCAGCCGAAGAUGAUGAGAGGAAAGAGAAGGCUAAGAAGGGAUUCGUCAGGACCAGCAGCAUGCAAUACCAGUGUGUUAAAUGCAGUGUGGCAUUCCCUCGUAUUUUUGACCUGAUCACCCACCAGAAGGAAUGCUAUAAAGAUGAAGAUAAUGAUGUGCAAGAUGAUGAAAUUCUGGAAUGUGUGGAUUCCAUUGACCAUAACCUACAAAAGGUUUCAGGACAUACAAAUUCAUCCAAACAUCCCCUUGAUACUGUUACAAGCACCCACUCAAGCUCUCCCUCCUUACCUUCACCCCAGUCCAGCUCGGGAAAAGUCUUCCUGAAAAAAACUGAAAACCCAAAGCAACUUGAAGGGUCUCCACCCCAAGUCGUAAAGGCUCUGCCAGACUUGAGACCAAUCCAGACAUCAGCUCCUCAAUUCCCCAGGCAAAGGACACCCCAGAAACUGAAGCCACACUCUGCAGCUGUCCCCCCCAGCCCUCUGUCUUUGGCAAUCUCGUCUCUGAUGAAUGGUCUACCUCCCAAGAUGCUACAGUACCAAUGUGAGCAGUGUAAAAUUGCUUUCCCAAGCAUGGAACUGUGGCAAGAGCAUCAGCGCAUGCAUUUGUUGACUACCCAGAAGCAAUAUCUCCACUCACAGUUCUUGGAAAGAUCCUUGGACAUGCCCUAUAUGAUCUUUGACCCAAGUAGUACACUUACAACAGGUCAGCUGCCCUCAGCAACCUUUCCCCACAGGGAAGAGCAGAACAGGCCAGCUCAUUCUGCACCGUCUGACUCUGGUUCCAGCUUUUUGAAACGCAAAUUAGACAAUCAGGAAGAAAAUGGUUCCAGCGAUAAAGAAGGUGUGGAAGACCUUCAGAGAGACAAACGCCCAAGGACUACCAUUACGCCAGAGCAGCUAGAGAUCCUGUACAGCAAGUACCUCCUUGACUCCAAUCCAACGCGAAAAAUGUUGGACCACAUUGCUGAUGAAGUGGGCUUAAAGAAAAGGGUGGUGCAGGUUUGGUUUCAGAACACUCGGGCCAGGGAGCGAAAGGGACAGUUUCGAGCAGUAGGGACAGUCCAGUCUCACAAAAAGUGCCCCUUCUGCCGAGCACUUUUUAAGGCCACCUCAGCUCUUGAAAGCCACAUUCGAUCCAAACACUGGCAAGAAGCCAAGCAGGUUGGUUACAGCCUGCCAUCAAGUCCCACAAUGUCACACGACGAUGGAGGGGAGAGCCAACAGAAGUACUCUGACUCUGAAUACCCACCACUGCUUACUAAGAUAGAAAGUAGUGAAUGUGAACUGCCUGAAUAUGAGCUGCCAGCUGCAUCUUCAAGCCCCUUCAAAUAUUCUGAAGCGCUUAAAGAUUAUGUGAGCCCUUUGUACAUAAAAGCUGAAAAUGAUGAGACUGAAGACCUUAGUGCUAAUGCUGUAGAAAUUUCCCACGACCAAAGCAAAACAGAUUUUGAUGAGACCUGCUCAGUCACGACAGCUACAAGCGACACAUCAACCGGAUAUGGUGGACACAGUGAACCAGGUGAAGGCAAAAUGACUACCGUGCAAAACUCUGAUACAUUCAGAGAAAGAUUAUUCCCAUUCAACCAAGCAAAUCUUUCCCUAAGUUUCUCUGGAAGAGAAAAGCGAGAAAAUGAGUUUGACUAUGUUGCAGAUCAGAAUGAGACUAUGAGCCUAGCUGACCCUAGCUCACCUCACCCCUUCAGCAGAAACUUCCUCGAAUUUGGAAGGUCAAGUGGAGACAGACCAGGCCACAGGCGAUCUAGGACCCAGAUGAGCAACCAGCAGGUGAGGGUUCUCAAAGCUUGCUUCAGUGACUGUCGCAUGCCAACCAUGCAGGAAUGUGAGAUGCUGGGUGACAAAAUUGGACUGGCCAAGCGGGUCGUGCAAGUCUGGUUCCAGAAUGCUCGAGCUAAAGAAAAGAAGUUCAAGAUAAAUGUGGGAAAGCCAUUCAUAGUAAGCCAGAGCUCACCAGAUGGACCGCAAUUGGAAUGCACCCUAUGUGGCGCAAGGUUUGCCGCCACAUUUCCGGUGCGUGAACACGUUUUCUCCAAGAUGCAUAUUGACAAGUUGCAAGAGAUGCUGCGGAACCAGGCAGAACGAGAGAAGGAUCACCUCACCCCUACAACUGUUCGCCAGCUUAUGGUGCAGAAGGAGCUUGAGCACUUAAAGAAGAGGGCGAUGGAUUCUCUUAGUGUUACAGCUCAGCAAGAAACUCUGACUGACAGCAGUGCACUUCUUAGCCUUGGCUGGCCACCUGGCUUCCUGGGAAUCCCCAAUCUCCCAUCUGCUGUAAAUGGACCCUCGUCAUUCCCUGGGCUUCCACCUAAAACAGCUGGAUCUCCAGGUGCCACCACACAUGGGUUCCCCUCUCCGGUCACCACUUCUCCUGCCGUGUCUCUCAGCCCCACCCCAGCCAAGACCUCUCCACCACCACCUCCACCCCCACCAUCUGUUCCCUCCACCUCACUGGCUAGCUAUCACACCAAGGAACAGAACCGUGAAAAGCAGACCCUAAAAGCAGACCCUGAAAAGCAGAAUAAGUCAGGAGACUCCCAGCAGCAGGGUAAACAGUGGGAGGCAGGCGACUGUCACACCAAGUCAAAAAAAAGGCAGAGGUCUUCCCUAGAGAAGGGAGGUAAUGGUACAGCAAAGGAGAGAGCACGUGCCCGGGUGCCUCAGAGUGCUGCCGCCAGGGAUCCGGCGGCCUUAUUAACGGGACAGUUUCUGCCUUACUUUUUCCCGGGGCUCGUCCCGUGUCUCUCCCCUCAGCUUCCAGGGUUUGUUCAAAGCGGGUCCUUUCCGCCCCUGAGCAGAAUGGAGAGCUUGUUCCCGUAUGGCCCGGCCUUGCCUCAGGGUAUGGCUAGCCUCUCUCCAGAAGCCUUGCUGCAGCAGUGCCAGCAGUAUCAGAGGUCAUUCCAGGACGCCCUGCAAAGGCACAAACCACCAGAGGGGCAGCGGCAGAAGGCGGCACCCUCCAAGCAAUCGAGUCAGUCUCCCAACACCCCCCAACCAAAAGAGGAAGGCAGGGGCUCUGCAGCCGAAAGGUCAGAACAGGAACCAGUAAGGACCGGCAGAAGCGCGGUUUCUCCAGAUACUUUCACCAGCCCGUCCGUCAGGCACAAGUUUGGCUGUGGAAAGUGCCGGAAGACGUUCGCCAAUGAAGAGUCGGCAGUGCGCCAUCAGCAGUCGUCCUGCUGUUUAGGUCAGCCUUUCUCUGACCUGCAGGAGGCCAUGCUUCACCAGGUGGCGAGCAGCAAAUACAACUACCUGGCGAGCAGCAUGGCUAUGAGCAGAAACAAAGCACUCGACCAGCAUGCUGGUUCAAGCCCACACAAGGAAAAAGCAGUAACACAACCAGUGAGAGACACCAAAGAGCACACUAGAUUAUUACCUCAUGCAGCCCACUCCGCUAACACCACAUCUACCUCGCGGCCUUCUAACAUUAGCCAUUUGAAUAUUUCUUGCCCGUCCAUAGAGUCCUAGUCCAGGAUUUUCAAUUUCUCCGGAAGAGCCACAUUAAUUCUUUCAUGAAUCCCCCCCCCCCACCACCCACAUCAUUAAUGCUUACCUCAACUGCAUGGGGUACCACAGCCAGUCCACCAUCACUGCUCACCCAAAGCCAUUCAGACAAAUUGUACAGCAAACCGAGCCAGAAGCUUUACAACUUUGAAAGUUAAUUGUCUAUCAAGGCUAAGACUACCUCUGGCCUUGGUGCGAAUGUCAGCAGUAACAGAGUGGAUAUGAUCACUGUACAGAAGUGAAAACUAUAGAAAAAAAUAAUCAAGACUUUAAAUGAAGUUCCAAAGUUCCUGUAACCCAAAAAACCACAGAACCAAAUGACUGACUCAGGAUUGUUUUUUGCCCCAUAUUGAUAUUCUUGAAAGACAAGGAUAGAUUUUUGUUAUGGACAAAACUGUUGCUGUUGCUUGAAUGAGUUUAUAUUGUAUACAGAAGAAUAAAAAAACUUUAUUGUACAGGUCUGUUAUUUCAAGCCAAAAAUCUCUUCACGUUGCAAAUUUCACCUCAGUUGGACUCAUUUUCACACGCUGACAUGUACUGUAAUGAGACGAUGUUCUGGAACUCUCAAAGAGAAUUUCUCUCAGCUUAUCUAAGGUGCAACUCAGUAGCUUUAAAUUCUCAGGUCAGAACAGAACAUCUCUCAUUGGU